AUGGUCGCCGCGCUGUGCUUGGCGUGCGGCACGACCGCCUUCGUCGGCCCGCGCGGCGGCCACCCGCUCCGCGCGCCGCCGCGGCGCGCCGCCGCGACCGCCGUGGUCGACGCGCUGAAGCAGGACCUGCUGACCUCCAUCGGCAGGCGCGCCGGCGAGGCGGAGAUCCUGCGGCGAGCCGCGCGCGUCGAGGAGGCGGACGUGCGCACGGGCGACGUGAGCGGCCGCUGGGCCUUGGUCUACUCGACGCAGACGGCGUCGCCCCGGCCCGGCUCCGCGCUGCUGAGCGACCUGCCGCAGGAGAUCUCGAACCGCAUCUACGGCCUGCUCUUCAAGGUCGCGCCCUUCCUCGCCGGCGGCGACUCGCGCGACCGCGACGGCCCGCUCAAGGUCGCGAACGAGCAGGUCGUCGACGUGACCGCGCGCGUCGUCGACAAUCGCGUGCGCAUCACGGCGCUCGGCCAGACCCUCAAGCUCCGCGUCUUCGGCUCCGCGGAGGCGACGGACGACGCGGACCGGCUGGCCAUCACCUUCGAGGGCUUCGACGUCAACGACGUCGUCACGCUCCCGCUGCCGCGGCCCCGGGGCGAGAUCGUGACGACGUACGUCGACGGCGACCUCCGGCUCUCGCGGGGCUCGCGCGGCGGCCUCUUCGUGCUGAAGCGCAUGCCCGCGGGGUCUUAA